AUGCAACUCUCUGGACCAUCUCUGGUCGCCGUCGCCACCGGCGUGGUUGGCUCGGCAUGGCUAUCUGGAGCCAUCAUGUCUUUCUCGAUUGGAGGCGCGCCCGCUGCCGCCGCAGUGCAGCAUUCUUCCGCCAAGAUCUGGGCUGAGCUUUACCAGCGAGGAGCUGCGUCUAUGCCAAAGUUUGCUAUCGGCACUGCUCUCGCCUACUUUGUCGCGGCCUAUGAUGCCUACGGCGAUGGCAGAGCUUGGGGAAGCUACUUGGGAGCUGCUGGACUCACCCUAUCCAUUGUGCCCUUUACGCUCACUGUUAUGAAGUACACCAACGGAUUACUUCACGAGGAGGCCAAGAAAGAGGCCAGCGAGAAGGAUGACACGUCUGUGGCCCGAGUGAACAAGUUACUGGAUCACUGGAUCACUUUGAAUUUUGUCAGAGGCUCUCUGCCACUUGCAGGGACAAUCCUUGGUGCUUUCACCUUUCUCCGCGAGGCUUUGUAA